AGUCCCAGCGGAGUCUGAAUGAAUGACUGUGUUCUCCGUCCUGCCCAGCCACAAAUCAUGCUGGUUUGUCUGGGAUGAAAACAAAGUUUGAGACCCAAGAUGAAGGCAGAGAAGGAGGCUACUUCAAAAGCCAAAAUAAUAUCAACGAUUUUAUUGUUCGUGAGUCUUGGUUCCCUUAAUUCAGAUGAGGUGCUGGCAGUGAAUAUGACCAUCCCCAACACUCUGAUCAGAGGCUCAUUAGGAGGGGAGGCCCUUCUGUCCGUCCGCUACAGCAGUUUCAGCCUGGACCUGCCAGUCAUCAAGUGGCAGCUCAGGAGGGAAAAGUCUGUCACUGUUGUCCAGUCCAUUGGGACUGACAUCAUCGGGACACUGAGGCCUGAGUAUCGUGACCGCAUCCUGGUUUUUGAGAACGGGACUCUGCUUCUUCACAACCUCAGACUCUCUGAUGACGGAACCUACGACGUGGAGAUUUCAAUCACAGAUGAUACCUUCACAGGAGAGGGCAGCAUCACACUCACCGUGGACGAGCCAAUAUCCAGGCCCUACAUCCACAUGGACUCUUCAUCAGUGCUGGAGCUCAGUGAAAACGUCAUCCUCAACUGCUCCCAUGACAAUGGAACCCGGGCCACAUACAGGUGGUUCAAAGGUGGAAAGCCGCUGACCAAUGUGACGAGGUUCCAGAUGUCACCUGACCAGAAGCUUCUGACCAUCACACGAGUGCUGAUGGCAGAUGAUGACAUCUACAGCUGCACAGUGGAGAAUCCUGUGGGCAACAUGACGAGCCUGCCCAUCAGACUGACUGUCUACAGAAGGAGUUCCCUCUACAUCAUCCUUUCCACUGGAGGCAUCUUCCUCCUUAUCACCUUGGUAACAGUAUGUGCCUGCUGGACGCCUUCCAAAAAGCCAAAACAGCCAGCUAGAAGGCCCCGGUCCAGGUUGAAUGACCCCUCUCAACGAUCACCAAUCUAUCACACAGAUGAUGUACUUCCAAAAACAGAACAUAACGGAAUAAAUUCAGUCACUUCACUUUACAUCCUGCAACAAAAGAGAGAGGAUCUCAACUCAAGUGGUCCUAUUUUGCAGGAUCCCUCCAUGGAUGAUUCAUCCAGCAACAGUAUUGGAUCUCCUUCUGAAUUUGACAACCCACCAUGCUACACCAGUUCCCCCAACUAUGCCAGUUCUACUGGUUCCCCAGCCCCUUCCUCCCACAGGUACACCUGAAAACCCUUCAGUUUAAACUCAACAUAUCCUGUUGUAUGCUGCUCCUGACUCUGAAAGUUCCUGCACAUCUGUCUCAUGUUUGGGAAAGAUCUCAAAACAAUUUUUCUGGGGUUUUCCAGAACUGCUUGUUGAUUGGUUUUAUUAAAAUAAAUUGCAACUGAAAUAUAGAUUGUUUUUAAGGUUAGUAAGUUUUUGAUCUACUUUGAGGCCUGUAUUUGGGUUUCCCACUAAUCAUCAUUGUUGUUGGUUCCUGGAACUACAAAGUCCAGAGUCCAGUCUACAUGAUGCUGAGGUAGGGCUGGGAAGUUGCAACUGUCAAACUGAAGUGUGAUAAAGUACUUCUCUUCAUGCAUUGGCAAUUUGAAAAUCAUCACCAAACAAGAUGUUAGUUAUUUCUUAAUGUUAAAACUUAGGGUAGGGUUAAAUGAAAUCCAACUGUCACUUGGUAGUAUUUUUGUAUUUUUGUUCUUCUAGAUUUAAUAGUACUUUGAAUGUGAAGAGAGACAACACCUUGUUGGUGGAGGAACCAUAGUAUUUACGUUUUAUACAAACUUUAAUAAAAUGUGAAAUUCUCAAAACUCAGAUGAAUGUUUCUCAAGUUAUUUAUUUUUCUCAAGUUUCU